GUCGAACACCGCCAUUGAAGUGGGGGAUCAUCCGCUUCACGUGAAUGCAUGGCAGAAGCCACGUCAGCAGGGAGAUUCUGGGACUCUUUAUCCGGACUGGGAAGCUUGAGCAGUGAGCACAGCUCAAGUGAGGGAGACCAAACCAGAGAUGCAUUAAGCACAUCAGGAAGGGGGAGUCGUCUUCUCAUAAGGCUCAGGAGGCGUCCUGAAGCAUCCAUUAUCAACAUGGCCAAGCGGAGCGUUCUCCUUGCAAUCGAUAAAUCGAAGGAAGCGGCAUAUGCCGUUGACUGGGCGCUGGAGAAUCUUAUCCGGCCAGAUGAUCAGGUCACGCUGCUGUAUGUAGCAAAGUCUGGGGGGCUGCUUCGAUCCAGCUCCAGUAAGAAGGCUGCCGAGGGUGCCGCAGAGGGCAAAUCUGGUCUAGACUUCCUGGACGAAGCCGAGAACAAAUUGCGCCAGAAUGAGGCGAUUGAGGUGCAUCGGAUGGUAAGGAACGGAGACGCACGUGCCGAGAUCGUGGCGGCCGCGGAGGAAAUGAACGCGAGCAUGCUCAUCAUGGGCAGCAGGGGGGCCACGCUGCUCAAAAAGGCGCAUCUCAUUGGGAGCGUCAGCGACUACUGCACCGUGAAUGCUCCCUGCCCCGUGACUGUAGUGAAGCCCAAAGCGUACAAGAACAAGGAUGCAGCUUAGAGGGGGGGCGGUUGUUUCGACGCAGCAAUGGACUGCCAAGGGGGUAGACUCUCAAAUCGUGUCCGAGGAUAGGAACGAAUAAUACAUGGGCAAUAUAGGGGGCCCCGAACAAGAGGAUGAGUCGUCAUUCUGGAAAGAGAAGGCAACGAGCCUCACCUCAAGCGCACAGUCAACAGUACACCUAGAUAAAAGAGUCGGGACUUGGCCCGCCUAACUUGAACCGUAAUAAAGUGUCCUCCUGUACAAAGUUCAGUCUAGCUGGUGACCUUGUCUCGAUCAGAGAAGGUGGGACGUCUUGGGAGGAAUGUUUUUGUAGUCCCCUUGUAGCGAGUUAGUAAAUUACCCUAGACGUUAGUACACAGGCGAUGGUUGAGAACCCCCACGUUGGGGCCGAUACUCAAAAGCAGUGUUUCAUAUAUAGGGCAGCGAUAAAAGUAAUCGGUAGAGGGAAGACUUUGAGGUUGCGAGUUCAGAAGUCGCAAAUUAAAGAAGCAACAAAUUGAAUGUAACACGUCAUCUGGUUUCAGUUUGUGAUGAGCUGAGAUCAGCGAAAAGCAUCAAUCGGUGACCUUGCAACAAGGAGCGCGGCUGUGAAGAGAAGUGACUCGUCCCAACUCUUGCAAUCAAGACGUCAACGAAACCCAGAAAGUUAUCGGCCGAUCUGAGCCGUCUGAAAGAUGCUAGAAUGAUUUCAAUGCGACGACUUUUCUGCCAGGUAAGAGUGCAGAAGAAAGCUCCCUACCACGUAGCCGACGCAGCUAGACUAGAUACCGG